GAGGAUGGAAAGAAGGAAAAAUAGAAAAUAAAAGCUAACCAAAAAUUGGGAAAGAAAGCUUUUAGGUGAGUGGUAGAUAAUAUUAAAACUAUAUUCAGGGCAAACAACAGGAAAGGGAAGAAGGAAUCUGUAGAUUAUGGAGAAUUAGAAUUAACCAAUGAUGAAAAGAGCUUAAAAAUCCUGAAAAGAAGGAUGGUCAGUGGAGAAAAGGGUGGGAUAGCCAAUGGGAGAGAAGAAGAGAGAGCCAAUGGGGAGGGCUAUGAGCAACCACUAACUUAGAGGUGAAGAACAAUCAUUACACAUAGGGCUUGAAAAGCCCAGUGAAAGGACAGGAGGGCCAGUAAGUCUCUAAUUAUGGGCCAUGACUCGGAACCCUGAGCCCCCUUCUUUCCUUCCUCAGGUAUCCCCACUCUUCGGCACCAUCUACGAUGCGGUCUUCUUGUUGGCGGGGGGCGUGGCGAGAGCUCGGGCUGCUGUAGGUGGCAGUUGGGUGUCUGGAGCAGCAGUGACCAGCCACCUCCAGGAUGCCCGGGUCCCUGGCUUCUGCCAGGCCCUGGGAGGAGCCGAGGAGGCCCCGUUUGUGCUGCUAGACACAGAUGAGGCGGGGGACCGGCUGUUCGCCACAUACAUGCUGGACCCCACACAGGGUUCCCUCCGCUCCGCUGGGAUCCCGGUGCAUUUCCCUAGAGGGGGACAGGGGCCUGGGCCUGACCCUUCUUGCUGGUUCGACCCAGACAUCAUCUGCAACGGAGGAGUGGAGCCUGGCCUCAUCUUUAUCAGCUUCCUCCUGGUGGUUGGGAUGGGGCUGACAGGGGCCUUCCUGGCCCAUUAUGUGAGGCAACGGCUACUUCACAUCCAAAUGGUCUCAGGCCCCAACAAGAUCAUCCUGACUUUGGAUGACAUCACCUUCCUCCACCCACAAGGGAGCACUUCUCGAAAGGUGGCCCAGGGUAGUGGGUCGAGUCUGGCUGCCCGCAGUAUGUCAGACAUUCGCAGUGUCCCCAGCCAGCCCCCGGAUAGCUCCAACAUUGGCCUCUAUGAGGGAGACUGGGUUUGGCUGAAGAAAUUCCCAGGGGAUCAGCACAUAGCUAUCCGCCCAGCAACCAAGACAACUUUCUCCAAGGUGAGAGUUGGGCCCAUGAUGGGGUGUGGAGUGGCUGUCAUUUCUCCCUCCUUGCCUUCUCUUUUCAGCUAGGUACAGAGGUAGGUCCCAAUGUGGGAGAGAUCAAGAGGUUUCAGUGAAGUGUCCCCUCCUCUCUAAUGCAGGUUCCCAUUAUGCUCUCUCAUAAUAUUAGUUCUUUCCUUUGAUGUGCUUGCCAU